AUGUAUUGUGGAGAUUACACACAAGGAACCAUUCUUCCAGCUCCGAAUUUCAACCCUGUUAUGGAUGCUCAGUCACUAGGAGGAGCCCUACAGGGAAUCAGUUGUGAAAAAGACGUGCUGAUUGACAUCCUCACACAGCGCUGCAAUUCACAGCGGCUCAUGAUUGCUGAGGCAUACAGAGACAUGUAUGGCAGGGAUUUGAUGACAGACCUGAAAGACAAUCUCUCUCAUCACUUCAAAGAAGUCAUGGUUGGCCUCAUGUAUCCACCUGCAUCCUAUGACGCCCAUGAGCUCUGGCAUGCACUGAAGGGAGUAAACACAGAAGAGAAGUGUCUAAUUGACAUAUUAGCCUCAAGGUCAAAUAUGGAGAUAUUCCAGAUGAAAGAAGCCUACUUAACACAAUACAACAGUGAUCUUCAGCAAGAUAUUGAUUCUGAGACUUCUGGUCACUUCAGAGAUACUCUGAUGAACCUCGCUCAGGGAACAAGAAUGGAAGGAUAUGCAGAUCCUGCUACAGCUGCUCAGGAUGCAAUGAUUCUAUGGGAAGCCUGUCAGCAGAGAACAGGCGAACACAAAAACAUGCUGCAAAUGAUCCUGUGCAACAGGAGUUACCAGCAGUUGUGGAUGGUUUUCCAGGAGUUCCGAAGUAUCUCUGGGCAAGACCUAGUAGAUGCCAUCAAUGACUGCUACGAUGGAUAUUUUCAAGAAUUACUGGUUGCAAUAGUUCUCUGUGUCCGUGACAAGCCUUCCUACUUCGCCUACAGACUCCAUCAUGCAAUUCAUGAUUUUGGGUUCCACAAUAAAACAGUCAUAAGGAUUCUCAUAGCCAGGAGUGAAAUUGACUUGAUGACUAUACGACAACGAUACAAAGAGAGAUACGGGAAAUCGCUCUUCCAUGAUAUUAAACAUUUUGCUUCAGGGCAUUAUGAGAGUGCUUUGCUUGCUAUCUGUGCUGGUGAUGUUGAAGAUUAUUAA